AUGUCGUUGUUUCAUGCGAGACAGAUCUUCAAGGAAGAUCUCUCGGGGCCCUCGGACAUUGCUGGACGAGCCAAGGCUAUCGUACUUGGAGAUACCAAGUUCCAUUGGUCACCCCUGGAUGUCAUCAAUAGCGCACGUCCAAGUCGCGCCGAUCCCGACUUCGAUGCUGCACUGGACAUUAUCCUUCCGAUUGAACAAGUGCAGCAUUACUGCGCUAUGUCGAGAUGUCGGUUUGGCUUUUUGUUCUCAGAAGCCGGCGCAUUUAUUAUGGCAAUUCUCCGAGGAGCAAGACAUGCAGCGAUCGCCGAGGCCUCGGCGGAGUAUCCCACGGCCCUUCUAUGGCACGACCUCGGCCCCAGAUAUUGA